GCGGGCAACAAUGUAGUGGUGGUGGGGACCGCCCUUGGCUGGCUUGUACGGAACGACUUUGUCAGUGGAGAGUCCAUGGAGAUGGACUUGACACCCCCAAGGAGCAUGGGGGAGUAUUGUGUGCACAAGGUCUUCGUUGAUCCCAGCGGGCGGCACAUCAUUGCGACCAUUAGAAAUGUUGCGGGGGCUGCGGAAACACACUACCUUCACUCGAGGUGGAAGAAGUCGCGGCCCUUGAACCGGUUGCGUGGCAUGCUCAUCAAUGCUGUUGCAUGGAACAAAGUGCAAGUGAGUGAUGUUUCAACCAGUGCUUUUGUGGUGGCAACGAGUGCUGGGCAGCUGUUUGAGGUGUGGAUAGACGAGAAGGACAAGAAGGAGAAGUAUGCCAGACUUGUGUACGAGCUUCAAGAUAAAAAUGAGCCCUUCUGUGGAGUACAGGCUUUUCGAAAGCCUCUUUAUGGAGACCGUUUCCUCGAGGUUCGGUACGUCUACAUUGGCAAGAGGGGACAGAUCGAGAUAUUGAUCGGAGCUACGGUCGAUAUUACCCUUGCAGAGGAGCUUUAUCUCAGGAGUGUUGCAGACGAGGAGAUGGCUAGAUGCAUGGCGUACAUCAGCAAGAUCGAUCUCGCAACACCCAUGGAUAUCAGCUAUGUGGUCCCAGAGUCAAUAGCAACCAGGGUUCUCAAUGACGAGGAGGAUCAGCGCGUACUGGCUGUCUUUAGCAGAUACUCUGACAAGAUGCCAAAGUUCACAGAACUUCCCGGGGAAUUGCCCAACAGUGAAGUGCAUUUCUCUGGGAAGUUGCAAAGAAGGUGCGAAAGGUUUGCAUGGAUGUCAGCGGUCGGAAUAUACCAUGGCCAUCUGAACCUGAUCAAUCCUCACAGUUACUUGGCAAUGGCCAACGAUACAGAGGACAACGUCGUGGAGAGCAAAUGGCUGUUGGAAUACUCGAAGCUGUCUGAAGGUGCAGGCGCGGCACAGAAGCCCUUAUCGAUGGCUGUGACGGAGUACCAUUUCCUUCUGCUCUAUCCAGAUAAGCUGCAGAUAUCAGUCCAUGAUGAAGAACGCGACAUGUGGUGCGCACAUCUCGACAGAAAAGAAUACGCCGCAGCUCUCAGUUUUUGCCGGGAUGCACUGCAACGAGAUCGAGUCUAUGCCGCCCAGGCUGAAGCAGCAUUUGCCGCCGGCGAUUACCAACGGGCAGCAUCAUUCUAUGCAAAGACAUCGGAAGCGGCCACGUUUGAAGAGAUCGUGCUCAAGUUUAUCUCCGUCGGUGAGCAGGAAUCGGCGACCAUUCAGAUGAUUGAACCACCGGUAGGUGUUUGGGUGGCGGAACUACGAACUAGGUACUUGGCUGUCUCCGAAGUCCCAGUUCCCAUCACAUGGUUCUUGGCUGCGAUUGUUGGCUUGUGAUUGAUGACUGGAGUGAAACGAUGUCAUGAGUACCAGCGUCCUGUCCCAGUCCUGGUCCGAAGGUUCCAAGUCCCAUGUACCAUAAGUACCAGCCCUGCAGUUAGGCAAGUUCAGUUUAGUCUGUCGGCCGAAAGGUCAGCAGUCUGGUGCGGUCCGAUCUACCGUCUUCCCACGGACACAACGCAACCUGGUAACAAAUGUAUACAAGCUAU